AUGUGCAACGUCAACGCGCUCGGAGUCUACGUGUGGGAGACGAUCGUUUUCUUCAGCCUGGCAGCCUCCAAGGAAGCUGAAGCAGCAGCUCGAUCUGCCCCCAAACCCAUGUCUCCUUCUGACUUCUUGGACAAGCUGAUGGGGAGAACUUCGGGAUAUGAUGCCAGGAUCAGACCAAAUUUUAAAGGCCCACCAGUGAAUGUCAGCUGCAACAUUUUCAUCAACAGCUUUGGUUCGAUUGCAGAAACAACUAUGGGUCCAGACAGAGAGGUCCUGGCCCUUCCCACACAGCUGACAAUUGCUGUAACAGAGGAAUGCAGGGACAGGCAGCUGCUCACGCUAUGCCAUAGCUCUCUGCUGUGUGUCUGUGUACAGGACUACAGGGUGAACAUCUUCCUGCGGCAGCAGUGGAACGACCCCCGGCUGGCCUACAACGAGUACCCCGAUGACUCCCUGGACCUGGACCCCUCCAUGCUGGACUCCAUCUGGAAGCCUGACCUGUUCUUUGCUAAUGAGAAAGGGGCCCAUUUCCAUGAGAUUACCACAGACAACAAGCUGCUGAGGAUCUCCCGGAACGGCAACGUCCUCUACAGCAUCAGGAUCACGCUGACUCUGGCCUGCCCCAUGGACCUAAAGAACUUCCCCAUGGACGUCCAGACGUGCAUCAUGCAGCUGGAGAGCUUUGGCUACACAAUGAAUGAUCUCAUAUUUGAGUGGCAAGAAAAAGGAGCAGUGCAAGUUGCUGAUGGGCUGACAUUGCCUCAGUUUAUCCUCAAAGAAGAAAAAGACUUGAGAUACUGCACGAAGCACUACAACACAGGCAAGUUCACCUGUAUAGAAGCUCGUUUCCACCUGGAGAGGCAGAUGGGCUACUACUUGAUCCAGAUGUACAUCCCCAGCCUUCUCAUUGUCAUUCUGUCCUGGAUCUCCUUCUGGAUCAACAUGGAUGCUGCACCUGCUCGUGUGGGCCUGGGGAUCACCACUGUGCUCACCAUGACCACCCAGAGCUCUGGCUCCCGAGCCUCACUGCCCAAGGUGUCCUACGUGAAGGCCAUAGAUAUCUGGAUGGCCGUGUGCUUGCUGUUUGUGUUCUCUGCCCUUCUGGAAUACGCUGCCGUCAACUUCGUGUCUCGGCAGCACAAAGAGCUGCUCAGGUUCAGAAGGAAGAGGAGGCAUCAUAAGAGUCCCAUGCUCAAUCUGUUCCAGGAGGACGAAGCUGGUGAAGGCAGGUUCAACUUCACUGCCUACGGGAUGGGGCCAGCUUGCCUACAAGCCAAGGAUGGCAUUUCUGUCAAGGGAGCCAACAACAACAACACGGCCAACCCGGUGCCGCCGCCGUCCCGCUCGCCCGAGGAGAUGAGGAAGCUCUUCAUCCAGAGAGCCAAGAAGAUCGACAAGAUCUCCCGCAUCGGCUUCCCCAUGGCCUUCCUCAUCUUCAACAUCUUCUACUGGAUCAUCUACAAGAUAGUCCGCAGAGAGGAUGUGCACAACCAGUGAGGGGAGGGGAGCAGCUGGGAGGGAGCGAGCAAUCCUUUAUAUAUGUGCAAUAGCAAUGCAGCAAUGCAUGAAUUUAAGAAUGCGGCAAUAUCUACUAAAA